AUGGCCGACGAGACCAAUAGGACUGCUUUUCUAGAGAUUCAGGGUCGCAUGAUUGAAACAACAGCUAAACUGAAGCAGGUGCAAAACCAGAUGCGAACCAAGGAGGGAGAAAAGAAGCGUGCUUACUUGACAUUGGAAGAACUGCGUCAACUGCCUGAUGAAACAAAUACAUACAAGUCUAUAGGGAGAACGUUUAUCUUAGAGCCAAAGCCAGUUUUAAUGAGUGAACAAGAACAAAAGCUCAAGGAUAGUGAGACUGCAAUAGCCUCACUUCAGACCUCAAAAGAAUACUUAGAAAAGCAAAUGGCAGAGGUAGAGAACAACUUGAGGGAGCUUUUGCAGCAAGAUCCGGGUCUUGCUCGUCAGAUAAUGUCCAUGAGUGUACUGUAA